AUGCUGUACCCCGCUGCACCGCCCUGCACCCCGCUGCUCCCCGCUGCUCUCCGCUGCUUCCUGCUACUCCCUGCUGCUCCCGCUGAUUUCCGCUGCACCGCGCUGCUCACCGCUGUUCCCAGAAGUCUGCAGGAGCACUUUGAAUCAUGCGGCGAAGAUGUACGAAAGGAACGCAGCUGAAAAUGUAGAAUUAGCAUUAAGAAUGAAUUUUAACAUUGUAUAGAGUUCGUUGCCGGUUUCGAAAUAACAAACUCUUGUUAAUUUUAAUGCGGUAGUUUUGAGUAAAUGGAUUUCGUUCAGAAUAUUUAUUAUUUUAAGAAAGUCACGCUAAAUCUUAACCUUCAAAACGUAUGAACGUAAAGUAACUGGGGGAAAAAGUAGAAGCGUUAAGAAAUCUGCCACUACUCUAAACUAAUAUUUAUGUACUUGGUGCACCAGUUUGGUUUUUAAAAUUGUUUGAGAGAAGUUUCAAAAUGUAAAAAAAAUGUAUGUUCCGAUUUUUGUGGUAAAUUUCAUUAUUUUCUGAUCUGUAAUUAAUUUUGUUUGAAUUGUACGAACGUUGUGUAAGAGCAUUGUAAAAUGGUUUAAUAAAGAUAUUACGAUGUAAUUUUGUAUG